AUGGGAAACACAUGCGUAGGUCCAAAUCUGAACCCUAAUGGAUUCCUUCAAUCCGUUAGUGCAGCUGUUUGGCGUAAUCAGAAACCAGACGAGAGCCUUAAAACCAACAAAGACGAAAGCAGCCGAAAAAAAAGCGUUAACGGCGAAUCUUCCUCCUCUGCCGCCGCCGAUCAACCUGUACCGACUCCAAGCACACCACCUCCACCGGUUAAAAUGGCGACCGAAGAAGCACCCAAAACCGCGGAAGAAGACGCGAAUUCGAAGCCGAAGAACAUGAAACGAAUGGCGAGUGCAGGUUUACAGAUCGAAUCGGUACUCGGUAGGAAAACAGAGAAUCUCAAAGAUAUAUACAGUGUUGGUAGGAAAUUAGGUCAAGGACAAUUCGGAACAACGUUUCUAUGUGUAGAUAAGAAAACAAGCAAAGAAUUCGCUUGUAAAACGAUUGCCAAGAGGAAACUGACGACUCCUGAAGAUGUUGAAGAUGUUAGAAGAGAGAUUCAGAUUAUGCAUCAUUUGUCUGGACAUCCAAAUGUGAUUCAGAUUGUUGGUGCUUAUGAAGAUGCAGUAGCUGUUCAUGUUGUCAUGGAGAUUUGUGCAGGUGGUGAGUUAUUCGAUAGGAUUAUACAGAGAGGACAUUACACAGAGAGAAAAGCUGCAGAGCUUGCGAGAAUCAUUGUUGGUGUUAUUGAAGCUUGUCAUUCUCUUGGUGUUAUGCAUCGUGAUCUUAAACCUGAGAAUUUCUUGUUUGUUAAUGGUGAUGAAGAAGCUGCACUUAAAACUAUUGAUUUUGGUCUCUCUGUUUUCUUUAAACCAGGAGAAACAUUCAGUGAUGUAGUUGGGAGUCCUUAUUAUGUGGCUCCAGAAGUUUUACGGAAGCAUUAUAGUCAUGAAUGUGAUGUAUGGAGUGCUGGAGUUAUUAUAUACAUCUUACUAAGUGGCGUUCCUCCGUUUUGGGAUGAAACGGAACAAGGGAUCUUUGAGCAGGUUUUGAAAGGUGACCUCGAUUUUGUAUCAGAACCAUGGCCUAGUGUAUCAGAAAGCGCAAAAGAUUUGGUGCGUCGGAUGCUGAUCAGAGACCCGAAGAAGCGAAUGACAGCUCAUGAAGUUCUCUGUCAUCCUUGGGCACGAGUGGACGGUGUUGCCCUUGAUAAACCUCUUGAUUCUGCUGUCCUCAGUCGUUUGAAACAGUUUUCAGCCAUGAACAAGCUCAAGAAAAUUGCUAUCAAGGUAAUAGCAGAGAGCUUAUCAGAGGAAGAGAUAGCAGGGUUAAAGGAAAUGUUCAAGAUGAUAGAUACAGACAAUAGUGGACACAUAACUCUCGAAGAACUCAAGAAAGGUUUGGACAGAGUUGGUGCUAACCUUAAAGAUUCAGAAAUAGUAGGAUUAAUGCAAGCAGCGGAUAUAGAUAACAGUGGGACUAUAGACUAUGGAGAGUUUAUAGCGGCGAUGGUUCAUUUAAACAAAAUAGAGAAAGAAGACCAUUUGUUCACAGCUUUCUCUUACUUUGAUAAAGAUGGAAGUGGCUAUAUAACCCGAGACGAGCUCCAAAAAGCUUGCAAACAAUUCGGAUUAAUGGAUGUUCAUUUAGAUGACAUUUUACGGGAAGUCGAUAAGGACAAUGAUGGAAGAAUAGAUUACAGUGAGUUCGUGGACAUGAUGCAAGACACUGGAUUUGGCAAAAUGGGUUUAAGGGUGAGUUGA